AUGACCAAUUUUGCAAUUCUUGGUACGAAUAGUAUCAAACUACAAGCAUCUGCAUUAGUUCAAUGGACUCAAUCGACUAAUCAAUUAACACGAACAGCUUCAAUCAUUGCAUUUGAACGAUGUCAUCAAUUGGCUAAACAUUUGUAUUUGUUAGUACUUCAUAUUUCAUAUGAAGACGUUUAUGAAGCAGUGACUUUGAUUGCUCAAUGUAUUAGAAAUGUCAAGACUAGUGUUAAUGGACCAUUACAAAAACGAACAAAUAUUCUUGACUUAGAUUGGUUUCGUUCAAUUGAUAUUUUCUACGAUACUGCUCUUGAACUUGAAUGGACAGAAUCGAGUUUAUUUAAUGAUGGGAGUUAUAUUCCAUGGACUAUAAAUCAAAAUACUUGUAAUAUUUUUUAUCAAAAACAAAUAGCACAUAAAAUUAAUGUUCAAAUGAUUGAAACCAUUGAAUUAUUGACAACCACCAUGAAUAUUCAUUUAAAUACAGGUCAGAAUAUGACUAUCAAUACUUCAUCUGCUUUUAUGAUACUAAAACGAGCAUCAUUUGAAUCUUUUUUCAAUACAUCUAUCGAACAAAUUGAAAAUGCUCGAAUUCAUAUACCCGUAAACUUCAGUUCCAAUAUCACUAAUAAUACGAUUAUAUCACUUCGAUCAAUCAUAGAACCACUUGCAUCGGCUGAUAAAUCUCAAUCAAAUACAAAUUUUUCAAGAUCCAUUUCAUUAUCUAUUCUUGAUCAAUAUAAUCAUGAACUUCCUAUUCAAGCAACGGUUACUAAUUUAAUUGAAUUGAUAAUUCCUCGAGAUCCCAAUCUAAUCAUACCACCAAUGGUUUUAGAAAAUGUCACUUCAUUCAACGAAUUUUCACAUAAUCAAUUAUUUCAUUUGAAAUAUAUCAAUAUUUCAAGUACAUUUGCGAUUUCAAUACAUUUUGAAAUAGGUCCGUUGAAUAAAAGACUUGCUUAUUUAUUUAUUUAUAAAUUUGAUCAUUCACCCAUAUUAAAUAGUUUAAUCAAUCAGAUUGAUGAAUGGACUUUAUUUUGUCCUUCAAAUUUAACGAAUGAUAGUCUUUACACGUAUUUUAUUGAUAAUCAACGUACGAUAGGUCAUCAAUCCAUAGUCUAUGGUUUACGAGAACUAAAUUUAACUGAAAUAGAAUACUUUUGUUCCAAUCAAUCUAUCACAAAUCCACCGAUUACAGAUGAACGAUUUCAUUUUACAUCAAAUUAUGAAAUUCGUAUCUAUACAUCAGGUUGUUAUUAUUUAGAUUCGAAUAAUACUUGGCAAUCAGAUGGAUUAUUAGUCGGACCAUUGACUAAUCAUCGUCAAACACAAUGUUAUUCAACUCAUUUAACAACAUUUACUUCUGGUUUUUUUGUUUUACCGAAAUAUCUCGAUUGGAAUGACAAGUAUUCUAAAUAUGUUUGUGUACCUGUUCAAUAUGAUUGUGCUAUGGAAAAUUCGAAUGCAACUAUUGAGAAUUUGUCUCAUCAUAAACAUGGAUUAUUUAACUGA